AUGGCUCCACUCCUUUCAAUUGCUGCUGCCCUCGCCAUACCGGCUGUAGCGAUGGCAGCAGCUAUCGCUCAACUCCCCGAGGGUGAUUCUAGAAUUGUCGGCGGCGUCGAGGCUGGUGAUGGCGAUUUCCCUUCUCUCGUUCAUUUUACUGUAAGCGGCACGAAGCAAUGCGGAGGAGCCUUGAUCAAUGCAAAGACUGUCCUUACAGCGGCUCAUUGUAUUCACGCGUAUGAUACCGAUGUUAUAGUCCGGGCGGGGUCUAAUUUGUGGAAUUCAGGUGGCAUUCAAGUGGGCGUUGAAAAAAUUAUACUUCACCCUGAAUACGCUCCUCAGCCUAGACACGACAAUGAUUUUGCUAUUUUACACUUGAAUGCAUCAAUCCGAGCAAGCAGCAAAAUUGGUUAUGCUAAAAUAGAACAAAAAGGAUCAGAUGUUACUGCAGGCACAAAUGUUACAGUUGCGGGAUGGGGACAGUUAAAGCAUAAAGGAGAGCACGUUGAUAAACUAAGAAAGACUAUGGUCAAAGUCGUCUCCCGCCAGGAGUGUAAAGCCUUGUAUGCGAAAACUUCUCACACUAUUACUGAAAACAUGAUCUGCGCCAAAGAUGAGGGCAAAGAUGCCUGCGGUGGAGACAGCGGCGGUCCUCUUUUCAUCACCGGAACGAAUACCGUUGUCGGCGUGGUAUCGUGGGGAAUUGGGUGCGCCAACAGCUCAUACGCCGGAGUAUAUUCCAGAGUUGGCGUUAUGGUUGAUUUCCUCCUUGCAAAUUUAGCACCUGGCUCGGAUAAACCCAUUCAAGUCCCUGGACAGUCACCAGCGCCAUCGUCAAGUCAACCGCCAGUCCAGACGCCAACCCCAUCGCCAUCUCCUCCACCAGUUCAAUCCCCUGCUCCAUCAUCAAACCGUCCACCAGUUCAAUCUCCGCUCCCAUCGGCGAGUCGCCCACCGGUUCAAUCUCCGCUCCCAUCGGCAAGCCGCCCUCCAGUUCAGACGCUAACCCCAAUGCCAACUCCAUCGCAAAAUCCAGAACAGGCCCCUAUCCCAGUGUCAAAGCCACCAUCACAGACGAAGGUCUGCAGACCUCGUAAACAUCGUCGCCGAUCAUGA